AUGUCGUUUGGAAAGAUCUACGGUGUCAUUGACAACCCACGCGUUUCUGCGUGCCGUAUUGUAGCCAAGGCCAACGACCUUGAUCUUGAGCUCGUUGAGGCUAUCCCCGGUGCUACUACUGCUGAAUUUCAGAAGAUCAACCCUCUCGCUAAGGUUCCUGUCUUCGUUGGUGCCAAUGGCUUCCUCUUGACUGAGUCUACUGCCAUUGCGGUCUUCCUUGCUUCCCAGAACGAGAAGACUACCCUUCUCGGAAAGACCAAGCAGGACUAUGCCUCCAUCCUUCGCUGGAUGUGCUUUGCCAACUCUGAAAUUGUUCCAAACGUCGGUGCCUGGUUCCGCCCAAUCCUUGGCAAGGAACCCUACAACAAGAAGGCUGUUGAGGAUGUCUCUGUUCGUGCUUUGAAAGCAUUCGAUGUCCUUGAGAAGCACCUUACCACCAACACUUUCCUCGUUGGCGAGCGUAUAACUCUUGCUGAUCUCUUCACUGCCAGUCUCUGCUAUCGCGGAUUCCAAUAUGUCCUCGGCAAGGAAUGGCGCCUUUCCAACCCUGCCACUACUAGAUGGUAUGAAACCAUUGUCAACCAGCCUGUUUUCAAGGCUGUUGUUCCUGAGCCUCCUUUCGUCGACGAGCCAUUGAAGAAUGUCCCGCCGAAAAAGGAAGAGGCUGCCAAGCCAGCUCCUGCCCCCAAAGCUGCUGCUGCUGCUGCCCCUGCCGAGGAGGAGGAGAAGCCAGCUCCCAAGGCCAAGCACCCUCUUGAGGCUCUCCCGAAGCCAUCAAUGAUCCUUGAUGACUGGAAGCGCAAGUACUCCAACGAGGACACCCGCUCCGUUGCCAUGCCGUGGUUCUGGGAAAACUACAACCCUGAAGAUUAUUCCCUCUGGAAGGUUGACUACAAGUACAAUGACGAGUUGAAGAUGACAUUCAUGUCUAACAACUUGAUUGGUGGAUUUUUCAACCGUCUUGAGGGCUCUCGCAAGUAUAUCUUCGGUGCUGCCUCCGUCUAUGGCAAGACCAACGACUCCGUCAUCCAGGGAGCCUUCGUCAUCCGUGGUCAGGACUAUGUUCCUGCAUUUGACGUUGCCCCUGAUAUCGACAGUUACACCUUCACCAAGCUAGAUGCUAGCAAGCCUGAGGACAAAGCCUUCGUCGAGGACCAGUGGGCUCAGGACAAGCCUAUUACCGUCAAUGGCAAGGAAUACGAAUGCACUGAGGGCAAGGUUUGCAAGUAA